AACAUCUUAUAAAUAGAGUGGAGCUCAGCCAUCCACUAUCUCGUAACUUAUUUUAUAUACUUUUCCUCCCUUAUCGAUCUAACAGAGAAGCUAAUCGGAUAAAAUAUCGAUUACAUACAUAAAAAAGAAGACAAAAAGGCAUUUCCUGGUUUGUGUGACGUCAUUUGGCUAAUCGUCGUUUGAUUGGCUCAGACCUCUGAUUGAGAAUUUUCGCGCGUUAUUCUCUGCGUAAAACAACACACGCUGAACUGUCAGCCUGUAGCGGUAAAAAACAGCUUAUUAUUGGUAUUUUAACGAAUUUACACAACUUUAACGGUUCUAUAUUGUUAUAUAAUGUCUUCUUCUAAUUACGACUCGGCCUGUUUACCCGAUUUAUUACCUCUGUACUACCGGCGGCUGUUCCCCUUCUCCCAGUACUACCGCUGGCUGAACUAUGGAGGAGUGCAGAAGAACUACUUUCAGAAUCGAGAGUUCUCCUUCACACUCAAAGAUGACAUCUAUGUCCGCUACCAGUCGUUCACCACGCAGACCGAGCUGGAGAAGGAAAUGCAGAAGAUGAACCCUUACAAGAUUGAUAUUGGAGCCAUUUACAGUCACAGGCCCAAUCAACACAACACCGUGAAGUCAGGAACCUUCCAGGCCCUGGAGAAGGAGCUGGUGUUUGAUAUCGAUAUGACAGACUAUGAUGAUGUCAGAAGCUGCUGCAGUGCUGCAGACAUUUGCUGCAAGUGCUGGAUCCUGAUGACCAUCGCCAUCCGCGUCCUAGAUAGAGCUCUUCGAGAUGACUUUGGUUUCCAGCACCUGCUGUGGGUUUAUUCUGGCAGAAGAGGAGUGCAUUGCUGGGUGUGUGAUGAAGCUGCCAGGAAGCUCUCUGUAGCAGCACGCUCUGCAGUUGCAGAAUACCUGAGCCUGGUUAAGGGAGGUGACGAGACGGUGAAGAAAGUUGUGCUCACGGAUCCAAUUCAUCCUUUUAUCAGUGAGUCUUUGGCGUUGGUGGAGCGAUACUUUCCCCGGUACGCACUACAGGAACAGGACAUACUGGGCCGCAAGGAAUCUGUGGAGAAAGUUUUGUCUCUCACACCUGAAGAUGUAAGAAAAGAAUUGCAGCAGGACUUUCAAAACGAGAAGAAGCCAGAGAACCGUUGGAAACUGGUGAAGGAUCAUGCCAUAAGGAAACAGGGCACUUCCAAAAAGGGCCAAUACUUUGAGAAAGAAAUCAUGCUGCAGUAUUGUUACCCGCGGCUCGAUGUGAACGUCAGCAAAGGGGUGAACCAUUUGCUGAAGAGCCCCUUCAGUGUCCAUCCCAAAACAGGGCGCAUUUCUGUUCCCAUGGACCUCAAAGAAUUAGAAACGUUUGAUCCUUUCGCUGUGCCCACAAUCAGUCAGAUCUGUGAGGAGCUAGAUCGACCCAGAACAGGCGAAGAGGAAGAGAAGUCAGAGGACACCAAGGAAAAGGAAAACGAGAAGGACACAGCAGAGAGACGAAAGAUCAGAGAUUACAAAAGAACAAGCCUGGGGAAGUACGUGAAAUACUUUGAUCAGUUUCUGGAUGGGAUGGCUCGCUCGUGGAAAGGAGAACUUCUCAAAAAGAGCGAUCUUCAGAAAGACUUCUGAACUGGAUCAACAAUCAGGAAGUGAUGCAGAAGACAAAUUGUUAAUAGCUCCCUGUUACUGAAUCUGGGUGACGAUGCGACUGCGUGGGGGGAAAGUUGCCAUUUUUCUAAUGAACAGUAAUUUAAUCCCAAGAAAUGUCAUCACAUUCAUAUGAGACUCAGUAAUAAUGCAUCCAUAAACAAAACAUAAGCAUAUUAUCUCCUUACUCAAGGAUUUUCCUUCUAUACUAUUAAAUACCGAUUUCAUUUUGUUUGUUAUUUUGUUUUUGUAC